AUGUCGGACUUCAACCUCGCCGUCAACAUCGACCCCGCAGUCCUCCCGAUAUUGAUCGAUGCGGGCUAUAAGCUCUGUAUUGCCAAGAAGGUCAACAAUCAGUACACUGUCGUCUGGCAAGGUAGCAAUAUCCUUCCUUUCAAUCAGUUCACCUGGUCGGCCAAGUAUCAAGUCUUCGGUCAAACCGCCACACUAGACAAGUACGGUGUCAUGCAUCCCGCUACCGGUACCGUCGACCAGAGCGGGAAGUUCACGGUCGAGAACCAGUUCGGACUCAUCAAUCUCGGUGUCAACUCCUACGUCAAUGGGACGUACUCCCCCUCGUAUGUAUCGGCCAACCCGGUCGUCGCUGGGCCAACAGUUCUCCAGCCGAUCGAGUCCGUCUUGGUGUGGUUUGAUACCCAAGCUACCACGGGAACCAUGAUCCUCAAUGCCUCGAGCCAGGCUAUCGAGGUUGACUUCACGAGCGUCCCUACCCACACACUGCUCUACCAGACGCCCAGUGGUGCUCCCGCCGGCAGGGGUGUCUGGUACCUCGACAGCGACCAGGCCGUAUUGCCGAUGACGUACCACGUGGCGUCCAACAGUUUCACAAUCCCCGAGCCGGACGAGGGUCAGCUCGCGCUCAUGACCGAGCUCUUGAACAGGCGCCCCCGGCUCCGCCCUGCGUUCACCACGUCCGUCGUUGCGGCGGCAGAGUACGAGUCCAAGGAAGAGGGGGCGAGGUUCAAGGACUAUCUCUCGGCGAGCAGGCCCGAAGGCUUCGCUCAGUGGGAGGUGUACAGGUCGGACCGCACCAUUUCGGUGAAGAUGGAGGUCGAGAUCGCAACCGACGAAGAGGCCUCCGUUCGCUCCGCCAUGGACAAGUACCUUAAGAUUCUGUACGCGUUUGACGGCACCAGGUACAAAACCCUCACCUCUACGGUGCACGGGCGUCCCGUUGAGCCCCUCCAAACUGACUAUCCCGUCCCUCCUGUCGAUGUACACCGGGGUAACGGGAAGCCUCCCUCGCCCGACACCAUCACCGCCACGGCGGUCGUCCGCUUCCACGACGACAAGAAGGCGAGCGCGUUCUCCGAGCAGCUGAACGACGCCACCUCGCCCGGCAUCAAGUUCGAGGCGACCGCGCGCGGGCCCGCCAUUACGAUCAAGUUCGAGGCGAAGGGCCCCAAGGAGGGUGCGCAGAAGCGCGUCCGCCAGGCGUACGACGCGGCCGUCGCUGCCUUUGGGUGCAUGCCGGGCGGCGCGGAGCCUGUCUACGUUGGGUCCAUCGUGUGGAUGAUUGCUCCGUUAAGGCCAUGA